AUGUGGAAAUCCAGCAAUUGGGCUAGUUUGUUCCCCACUAAGACAUCGUUUGUCGUAUUUGUCUUGUACAUAGCACUGUCCAUGAACCACGGAUUGUUAGUAAAAUUAUCACAAGAUAAAGGCACGUAUCACUAUAACGUUGUGUCAGUAAUUAUUUUGACCGAAGUUAUAAAACUAAUUAUAUCUCUUUUUUUGUUUUGUAAAGACAAUCCCUUAAGAAACAUUAUAGAUCAGACUAGAGAAAACUACACAGUACUCUUUCUCUACAUGGUGCCGGCACUUCUCUACUGCCUGUAUAAUAAUUUGGCAUUUGUGAACCUAUCAAUAUUUGACCCGACUACAUAUUUUAUUCUUCUUCAACUACGGGUCAUACUCACUGGUAUUGUUUAUCAGUGUUUGUUUAAAAAGGAUCUCAGCAAAAUUCAAUGGUUAUCCUUAGUACUUUUGACCGUUGGAUGUAUGAUAAAAGAGAUGAAAAUGGAGGGCAAUAUUCGACAACAGUCUUAUGGUUUUUUUAUUAGUAUAUUAUUGAUGUUGACUCAAAUACUUUGCUCUUGUUUAGCUGGAGUCUACAACGAAUAUUUACUUAAAAAAGGCCAGGGUGUAAAUGUAAAUGUUUAUGUGCAAAACAUAUAUAUGUACACUGAUUCAAUACUUUGUAAUUUAUUAUUGUGGAUAACAUUUAAACAUAAUGAAACAAAAAGCAGUGUCUCUGAAAUAGACAUUUUUAAGAACUAUAUGGUCAUGUAUAUUAUAAUUAACAGUGCCAUGUAUGGUGUCGUAACUAGCUUACUACUACACAGCUUAAAUUCAAUCAUAAAGGUUUUUGCCACAGCAAUCGAACUAGUCCUUAUUACCGUAUUGUCAUGGGUACUUCUAGGAUACCCAAUUACUUUACAGACCGUGUCAGCUGUGAGUAUUGUUUCGUGUUCUGUGGUUAUUUAUGCCAAACACCCUAUUACAAAAAGUACGCUACCAGCUACUAAAAGUAAUAAAAAUUUGAUUAAUAUUUAA